CGGUCCUUCCUGUGUGUCCCCCCCAGCGCUGUGUGUCUGACGGUCCUUCCUGUGUGUCCCCCCAGCUCUGUGUGUCUGACGGUCCUUCCUGUGUGUCCCCCCAGCUCUGUGUGUCUGACGGUCCUUCCUGUGUGUCCCCCCAGCUCUGUGUGUCUGACGGUCCUUCCUGUGUGUCCCCCCAGCUCUGUGUGUCUGACGAUCCUUCCUGUGUGUCCCCCCAGCUCUGUGUGUGUGUGUGUGUGUGUUUACUAUGUGUUCACUGUGUGUUCCCCAGCGCUGAGAGACAACCGGAUCGAGCUGGUUCGGGCAUCGUGGGCGGAGCUUACCAUCAGCAUCAGUGACAUCAGCCUAUCAGACGAGGGCCAGUACACGUGCUCCCUGUUCACCAUGCCUGUCAAGACCACCAAGGCCUUCCUCACUGUACUGGGAGUCCCAGAGCGACCAGAGAUCACAGGGUUCACUAAGCCAGCCAUGGAGGGAGAUGAGAUCACUCUGAUCUGCACCACAUCUGGCAGCAAGCCAGCGGCGCAAAUCCGUUGGUUCAGAAACGACAAGGAAGUAACAGGCACCAAGGAGGUCAACGCCACAGGGAAGUCGUUCACAGUGAAGAGCAGUCUGCAGCUGCAGGUGGAUCAGAGUGAUGACGGAGUGGCCUAUACCUGCAGUGUGGAGCACGUGUCUCUUUCUUCCAACCCAUACCAGGUUACAGAGGUCCUGGAGGUCCAUUACGCCCCCCAUGUGGAGAUCUCCCACUCCGUGAUCAUCCCUCAGGAAGGACAGUACUUUAAACUGGAGUGUGUCUCCAAAGGGAACCCACUACCAGAGCCAGUGUUGUGGUCUAAAGAUGGAGGGGAGCUGCCUGAUGUAGAGAGGAUGAUCGUAGAGGGCAGGGAACUCACCAUCACCGCCCUCAACAAGACAGACAACGGCACGUAUCGCUGUGAGGCCAGUAACUACCUGGGGACCAGUGGAGCUGAAUAUGUGCUGUUCGUAUACGCCAAAGACUUACCAGAGCCCACCAAAGAUCCCAAUGCACCAGGACAGCAGGACCCUGACCAUGCAUUAAUUGGAGGUGUUGUGGCUGUGGUUGUGUUCAUCACCUUGUGUUUGAUCAUAGCUCUAGGGCGGUAUCUGGCUAGGCAUAAAGGGACGUACCUAACACACGAGGCUAAAGGAUCCGAGGAUGCCCCUGACGCAGACACAGCCAUCAUCAACGCAGAGGGGAACCACGCAGCAGAGGAGAAGAAAGAGUACUUUAUUUAGACC